ACGUUUGCCUGCUCAAGGGGAACCAUGAGUAUGACAACUUUGACUUGAAUGACAUUGCUGAGUGCUUCACCACGUGUGGGCCGCCAGAGAACAUCUCCUGUGAUGUGGGGAAGUUGCAGAGAUACUGGCUGAACUAUGAGUCCUACCUGCUGGAGAAUUCCAAGGAGACUGUGGACAAGCCUUUUGUUAAGGCCUUGAUUCAGAACGUCAGCACAGACAUCUCAGAAGACCUGCUCUUCUCUCUGACGCCCUCCAAGAUCCCAAAGCAGGUGAUGCAGGGUGAGGUCCAGCCCACUGACAGAGUCCGACUUCCCAAGAGCCUGUUUGGAGCCCUCCUGCCUGGCAACAGGUCUGCCGUCCGGUUGGCCAUAACUGUUCUGGACAUUGGUGCGGGGAAUGUCUUCAAGGGCCCCAAGCUCCUCCAGGACAACGGCAACAGCGUGUUGAACAACCGCAUGGUGGGCCUGAGUGUGGGCCAGACACACGCCACUGGGCUAUCGGAGCCAGUGGAGAUCACCUUCUCCCACCAGCGUCAGCCACCUAAUAUGAUCCUCACUUGUGUAUUCUGGAAUGUGGUUAAAGGAGACUGGGAUUCCCAAGGCUGCUCCACGGAGCUCGGGGAUGAGAGGACUGUCUGCCGCUGCGACCACUUGACCUUCUUCGCCUUGCUGCUGAGGCCGACCUUGGACCUGGCCACAGCACAGACCCUCACUCGCAUCUCCCAAGCAGGCUGUGGAGUCUCCAUGAUCUUCCUGGCCUUCACCAUUGUUUUCUAUGUUGCCCUCAGGCUCUCUCUGCAGAGGUUCAAGUCUGAAGAUGCCCCUAAGAUCCACAUGGCUCUGAGCAGCAGCCUAUUUCUCCUGAAUCUUACCUUCUUGAUCAGUGUGGGGAGCAGCUCUCAAGGCUCCCCAUCUUCCUGCGGGGUCCGAGCUGCCAUCUUCCACUACUUUCUGUUGUGUGUCUUCACCUGGAUGGGCCUGGAGGCCUUCCACCUCUACCUACUGGCCAUCAGGGUCUUCAAUACCUACUUUGGACACUACUUCCUGAAGCUGAGCCUGCUGGGAUGGGGCCUGCCUGCUCUUGUGGUCAUUGGUGUGGGGAGUAGCAACAGUUACGGUGUUUACACUAUCCGUGACCAGGAGAACCGCACCUCACUGGAACUGUGCUGGUUCCAGAAAGAACCUGCUCUUUAUGCCACCGUCCACGGCUACUUUCUUGUCAGCUUCCUCUUUGGAGCUGUGGUGCUGGCUCUGGUGGCCUGGAAGAUCUUCACGCUGCCCAGUGUCACAGCGGGCAAAGAACAGGGGCAGACCUGGAGGUCGGUCUUCACUGUUCUGGGUCUCUCGAGCCUGGUGGGCAUGACCUGGGGGCUGGCUGUGCUCACGCCCCUGGGGUUGUCCACCAUCUACAUCUUCGCCCUCUUCAACUCGCUGCAAGGCGUCUUCAUCUUCUGCUGGUUCAUCAUCCUCUACUUCCCGAGGCAGAGCACCACAGCCCCCUCCUCCGGCACUGCCCGCCUUGGCCAGGCCCACUCCAUGUCACAGGAGUAGGUGACUGAAGUGUACUCUCACCUCCAGCUGGGUUGCGUGACCUCAGACAGCUAGCUCCCCCUACUUCCUUCUGGGUUCCGUUGCCUUCUCUAUACAGGGUGUCUGAGGAGGAAGAGAACGGAGACCACGCUGAACCAUAUGACUUCGAAGCUCCCAUUCAGAGGGCUGGAGAUAGAUUGAUGGCUUGAGGAGGACACUGGUUCAGCUCCCAGCACCCACACGCUGGCUCACAACUGUCUGGAAUUAUAGUUCCAGGAGCUCUGAUACCUCUUCGGGUCUCCAAGGGCACCAGGCAUGAAGGUGCUGUAUACACAUAUAAGUUGGCAAAACACUCAUACACAUGAAAUAGAUAUUAAAAAACAUUUUUAAAAGCUCCCAUUCUGAUGUGUUCGUGGGUCCAAAAAGCUGCAAAAGCAGAUUUGCAGGAGAGUCCCUAUUAACCUGAGACCAACCACUCUGGCAGAGUGUCAUCUUUACCCCUGCUGCCAUGGAGACGGAUCUCUACAUCUAAGCAGCUGUUUUUAGCCAUGGACCACCUCUCAUCUCACUGAGAGCCUAGGCCAAAGAGAGGAAACUUGGUGAAGCCCCUGGAAGAAACUCCAGUCUUUCGUGUUCUUUUCCUGCCACUCCCACUACAAUCCCCCCUUAUAGCUGCCUGUCUGUCCAUCUUUCCCAGCCCCCCGGGACAUUCACAGGCCAUUGUUCCGUAUGUGUCAGGGGAGCAGAGGGCUCGAGGUUUCUUUGGGGGCUUUGAUGGUCUUCUACCUACUCUACCCUCAUCUUUGCUCCCUAGUCGGAGCUCAUCCUAACUGCAAUGACUGCACCAUUGAGGGCUGAGGUCCUUCUAAGUGCUCAGGACACUUUCAGAGAAUGCCCCUCAGAGGGUGAGCUUCCAGGAACACCCACACUCACACCACUUGACUGCCAGGUGGGAGAUCUGAAUCUGACCUGCUGCCUGCUGUCAUUGUUGGGGCACAAGUUGAGGUCCAGAACUGGAGCCAUGCCUGCUCCAUCCACGUUAGUGCAUGUGGUCAAGGUGGGGAAGGGAGAAGAGGCCACCCUUUCCACAAUGUCCAACUCCUAUAAGCAGGGACCUAGACAGCCUUGUCCACUGUUUCCACCCAGCCUGAGCAGCAGGCCUUCCCACAUUAAGCCAAUAAUUGUCGCACAUAUUUUAAUAAACAAAUA